ACCUCAGAAACACCACAAACCUACAACUCCCCCAACCUCUUUACAUAUCGAAACGAAUUUCCUAAACGUCGAUUUUCCGUACGAAGCGUAUAGCCCUUUUUCUUUUCUACAUCGGCUUACUGCAUUGGCCAACCUAAAAGGGAGUUUUGGGAUACUUGAGCAUUUUCUAACAUGGGAUUUGGAAGGACAAUGAAAAUGAUUGUAUGGUGUGUGGCUAUUGAACUCCCACUACGCUUCCCAAGAAUUUCCUCCUUCACUUCUUUCCAUGUUUUGUGUACUCCCCGUGGUCUUCUGUUUACAUAUCUUACCCGAAUGGAAAUGGGCAGCCAAGAACUGCUACCAUAUUCAAAGUGCCAUCCUCCAAUCUACCAUUUACCUAUCUUGCUUAGCAGUGCCACCAUUAAGCCCAUCCAUCAAGGUGUUUUGACUCGUCGUCGUCGCCUUUGCGCCAUUUUUCUCGGUCUGGUGUCCUCGGGCUCCGUGAACCGGCUAUCUCGGCUAGUGGUGACCCUGUCGUCCGGACAGAUGUCGCUGAAGCCGUCAAUCUCUUGAACAGUUAUUAUUCCCCGAUGGCAUAGUUUGCGAUUCCCCAUCAUCGCUUCUCAUCGAACUCUACAAAGCGUACGCGUCCCUCUGUUCCUUGGA